AUGAGCGGUGGGGGGGGGGGGGGGGGGGGGGGGGGGGGGGGGGGGGGGGGGGGGGGGGGGGGGGGGGGGGGGGGGGGGGGGGGGGGGGGGGGGGGGGGGGGGGGGGGGGGGGGGGGGGGGGGGGGGGGGGGGGUGGGGGGGGGGGGGGGGGGGGGGGGGGGGGGGGGGGGGGGGGGGGGGGGGGGGAGGGGGGGGGGGGGGUGGGGGGGGGGGGGGGGGGGGGGGGGUGGGGGGGGGGGGGGGGGGGGGGGGGGGGGGGGGGGGGGGGGGGGGGGGGGGGGGGGGGGGGGGGGGGGGGGGGGGGGGGGGGGGGGGGGGGGGGGGGGGGGGGGGGGGGGGGGGGGGGGGGGGGGGGGGGGGGGGGGGGGGGGGGGGGGGGGGGGGGGGGGGGGGGGGUGGGGGGGGGGGGGGGGGGGGGGGGGGGGGGGGGGGGGGGGGGGGGGGGGGGGGGGGGGGGGGGGGGGGGGGGGGGGGGGGGGGGGGGGGGGGGGGGGGGGGGGGGGGGGGGGGGGGGGGGGGGGGGGGGGGGGGGGGGGGGGGGGGGGGGGGGGGGGGGGGUGGGGGGGGGGGGGGGGGGGGGGGGGGGGGGGGGGGGGGGGGGGGGGGGGGGGGGGGGGGGGGGGGGGGGGGGGGGGGGGGGGGGGGGGGGGGGGGGGGGGGGGGGGGGGGGGGGGGGGGGGGGGGGGGGGGGGGGGGGGGGGGGGGGGGGGGGGGGGGGGGGGGGGGGGGAGGGGGGGGGGGGGGGGGGGGGGGGGGGGGGGGGGGGGGGGGGGGGGGGGGGGGGGGGGGGGGGGGGGGGGGGGGGGGGGGGGGGGGGGGGGGGGGGGGGGGGGGGGGGGGGGGGGGGGGGGGGGGGGGGGGGGGGGGGGGGGGGGGGGGGGGGGGGGGGGGGGGGGGGGGGGGGGGGGGGGGGGGGGGGGGGGGGGGGGGGGGGGGGGGGGGGGGGGGGGGGGGGGGGGGGGGGGGGGGGGGGGGGGGGGGGGGGGGGGGGGGGGGGGGGGGAGGGGGGGGGGGGGGGGGGGGGGGGGGGGGGGGGGGGGGGGGGGGGGGGGGGGGGGGGGGGGGGGGGGGGGGGGGGGGGGGGGGGUGGGGGGGGGGGGGGGGGGGGGGGGGGGGGGGGGGGGGGGGGGGGGGGGGGGGGGGGGGGGGGGGGGGGGGGGGGGGGGGGGGGGGGGGGGGGGGGGGGGGGGGGGGGGGGGGGGGGGGGGGGGGGGGGGGGGGGGGGGGGGGGGGGGGGGGGGGGGGGGGGGGGGGGGGGGGGGGGGGGGGGGGGGGGGGGGGGGGGGGGGGGGGGGGGGGGGGGGGGGGGGGGGGGGGGGGGGGGGGGGGGGGGGGGGGGGGGGGGGGGGGGGGGGGGGGGGGGGGGGGGGGGGGGGGGGGGGGGGGGGGGGGGGGGGGGGGGGGGGGGGGGGGGGGGGGGGGGGGGGGGGGGGGGGGGGGGGGGGGGGGGGGGGGGGGGGGGGGGGGGGGGGGGGGGGGGGGGGGGGGGGGGGGGGGGGGGGGGGGGGGGGGGGGGGGGGGGGGGGGGGGGGGGGGGGGGGGGGGGGGGGGGGGGGGGGGGGGGGGGGGGGGGGGGGGGGGGGGGGGGGGGGGGGGGGGGGGGGGGGGGGGGGGGGGGGGGGGGGGGGGGGGGGGGGGGGGGGGGGGGGGGGGGGGGGGGGGGGGGGGGGGGGGGGGGGGGGGGGGGGGGGGGGGGGGGGGGGGGGGGGGGGUGGGGGGGGGGGGGGGGGGGGGGGGGGGGGGGGGGGGGGGGGGGGGGGGGGGGGGGGGGGGGGGGGGGGGGGGGGGGGGGGGGGGGGGGGGGGGGGGGGGGGGGGGGGGGGGGGGGGGGGGGGGGGGGGGGGGGGGGGGGGGGGGGGGGGGGGUGGGGGGGGGGGGGGGGGGGGGGGUGGGGGGGGGGGGGGGGGGGGGGGGGGGGGGGGGGGGGGGGGGGGGGGGGGGGGGGGGGGGGGGGGGGGGGGGGGGGGGGGGGGGGGGGGGGGGGGGGGGGGGGGGGGGGGGGGGGGGGGGGGGGGGGGGGGGGGGGGGGGGGGGGGGGGGGGGGGGGGGGGGGGGGGGGGGGGGGGGGGGGGGGGGGGGGGGGGGGGGGGGGGGGGGGGGGGGGGGGGGGGGGGGGGGGGGGGGGGGGGGGGGGGGGGGGGGGGGGGGGGGGGGGGGGGGGGGGGGGGGGGGGGGGGGGGGGGGGGGGGGGGGGGGGACAUCCUGCUGGGAGUGAAGAGCCCGGAUAAUUCAUGA